AAUGGAGAUGUGACUGUAACAAUAGAUAAAGGUUUACUGGCGUCCUACAAUGACAUCAUGACCUCCGCUGAUAAACAACUGGUGGACACAAGACCUCCAGAAAACUUCGCCGGCGAGGAGCAGGAGCCAUCUCUGUUCCUGCAGGCGUUUAUGCCCGCCCUUAGCAUGAAGAAGGAAGGCCUUGACCUACAAACAGGUCACAUACCAGGAGCUGUGAGUGUCCCCUAUCCUUCCAUGUACCAAGAAGAUGGUGUCACAUUCAAGACCAAAGAGGAUCUGACUGCAUUGUUCCAGAAACAAGGCGUGAAACUGAAGCAGCCCAUCAUAGCAUCGUGUUACGUCGGUCUGACAGCCUGUAUCUUCGCCUUGGCCGCCAGUGAAUGCGGACUCGGAGACGUGUCGGUGUACCAUGGCUCCUGGGUAGAAUACGGACAGAGGGCGCCACAGCCGAAGGUCCAACGAUCCCGUUUUUCCUCUGUCCCUUCCUCCUAGAGGCAGUAUUCGACGGGUGUUAUGUAGUACACAUAUACUGAUAUAUACCAUUGUUUGUAACCGUAAAUUUAUCAUUCCAUGAUUUGUGACGUUUGCUUUCCGAAUAUACAAAAUAUCAUGACUAGUAAUCACAUAAACAGAUCCAACAAACCUUUACUACUGUGCUACUGUUAACGAGCGAGCGUAGUUAAUGUCAGGUUAUGUCAGGGCGCCCCCAUUUAAUUACUAGAGUAUUGCUAAAAGCGGCGUAAAAUAACUCAAUUAUGCCACGAAAUUUAUUUGAACUAACAAUGCAUAUUUUACUGAUAAAAGGUCAUUAUUUACAUUAUUGAUUGCAGGAUUUGCAAAGCAUAUGCAACGCCAACUCAUUGUCAGCAGAUAUUUUCGAAAUCUUUUCAUGUUUUUUAAUCAA